ACGAUGUCAAACAUUCUAGUAGUGAGCAAGACACUGACAUAGACGCCCGCACGAGACAACUCCUCCAAGACAUCCUUCAAGUUGGUUCGGACAACCCGGCGGUUGCACUGCACGACCUGGCCGUCAUCGACAUAGAGACGCCGGAUUCCACAACAGCUCUGGCGCCCCAGAUCAAGUUCGGUGCGAAUACGGUCAAGAAGAUCAGUGACAGCGUAGGUUCAGACACAAGAUGGGCACCAUCGAGGCCAUGUACCAUGGUCGCUUGCUAACAACGCCGUUCUUACAGCUAAUCGAUCAAGAGGUUCGCCAUCGACUGCUCUUUGUCCGCGCCUCGUACAAGAUUCCAGCUCCGGGCCUUCUCAAGCUGCUGCUUUAUGUCCUCCAUCCGGAGAUGAUCGAGGGUUUCAAGAACCACGUAAUGAAGGUGUCCAGGUUCGGACGACCGAAUGCGACUGAUGGGGUUGUAGCCCACAUCACAUUGCGAAGCUGGUCGCGCAGCACUGCAGCUCUGCCGCCCCAUCACCACAUGGAAGAAGACAAGAUCGAAUUCCCGGAACAACUGAAAGGGACCCUUGACCGGGUUCGGAAAAAGGAGGAACCAAGGCUCAUGGGAGAAGAAAAGAUAAAACGCACAAACGAGCAUGUUAAAAUUGAGCGAGACGCAGUGGCAAUACAGGAUGAAAGCUGUCUGGGGGGCGCGAACGCGACCGCCGUCAAUAGGGGCUCAGGAAAAGGGAACGACGGAGAAAAGGAUCUUCCCAUUUUUGAGCUCAAAGUCUCGUCGGUUGGCAUUUCGACAAACGAGUUUGGCGAUUUCAGCAAAUGUUCUGUCAUUACCGACCUGGUAGACGAAACCGACUUGAUUGAGCUCGGCGACACAAUACAGGACAUCUGGGACAGCUUCAUACAUCAACCACAAACCGGGAGGUUUCUCGUGUUCGCUGUCAUUCUGGGUUGUCUGUGCGAAAGAAUGGCCCGCGAAUACCGCCAGCUCAUCAAGGAGUUCUUCGAGGAAAUGAACCUGGAUAGGAUGUUUUCGUCCACCUAUCUUGAAGACAGGUCGGAAACUCUGCGAAAGCGCAAUGGGGAUGCUGAACUGCGACUGAGUCUUUGGAGCCUCGAGGCCCUCUACAAAAUGAGCAACACCAUGGCCACGUCGGUACGGACCAUCGAGUUAGCAAUAGCGGACGUGAACAGGGAGAUUCAGGAGGUAAGGUUACUAUCAGCCCGCUCAAUCAAAUGGGCUGCUCUCGAUCUCGGCACUGCUGACACCCGUUUUUGGUUCAGGGGCCCGACAAGCGAAGCGAGGAGCUGGACGACAUGUGCCGCACGCACCUGGAGCAGCUCGAACGGAACUUCUCGGACCUGUCGGCCCUCCAGAUCAGAAUGGAACGGCAGGUAGAGUUGAAUAUGCGGUAUUCCAGUGCGGUAAGCGACAACACAUGCUAGGGGCCUUGGGGCAGAUCGGCAAUGCCUCUCUCCGUUGGACCCCAGAGGCCGGCCAGAAGCUGAGAUUUCUCGCAGCUUUCCGCCAUCCUUGCCCUGCGCGUCAGCCAAGACUCAUACCGGCAGAACAAAACGAUCC